UGCCAGGGACCUAAGUGUGGAGGAGCCCUUAGGGACGGGGCGGAAGUGGGACUGCUAAAGGAAGUUGGCGUCUCAGUCCAUGCCCGCUUCACCAUGUCCAAGGUUUCCUUUAAGAUCACGCUGACGUCGGACCCGCGGCUGCCGUACAAAGUACUCAGUGUUCCUGAAAGUACACCUUUUACAGCAGUCUUAAAGUUUGCAGCAGAAGAAUUUAAAGUUUCUGCAGCCACAAGUGCAAUUAUUACCAAUGAUGGAAUAGGAAUAAAUCCUGCACAGACUGCUGGAAAUGUUUUCCUAAAGCAUGGUUCAGAACUGCGAAUUAUUCCUAGAGAUCGUGUUGGAAGUUGUUAAUAUCCUCUACUUAAAGAUAGAAUUACCUUUCAAAAUAAAUAUUGGGUAUUGCUGUUGUAAAACUGAAAUCAGGCAUUUAAAAUACUAUGAAAACACCAAUAAUUGAUGAAAUAAUGAAAGGUUACUUCCUGUCCCUUCUUGUUGUUCUCACUCUUCAUGUGAAGAGAGAAUGCUUAUGUACUGAGGGUAUCAUUUUUACAGAAGAUCCUAGUCUUUCAUUGCUACCUCACAGCACACACAGCUGGCUCAUUUGGGGUAAAUGGAUUACCCAACUGUGUUUUAUUACUGGAGGAUAAUUCUGAGAACAUUUGGAAAAUUAAAUUUGUUGAAUCUUUCUAUUUGUCUUUAAGGUAAAAUUUUAAAAGGCUUAUGGAUUAUACAGGGCAGGUUACUUGAAGGAUCUGAUUUGCAGACUCAAAAAUAGUUGAGGGGAGAAGGAGAAGUGAGGAGGGAAGCGGGGGGGCAGAAUAGUUGAAUUCUUAAUUCUCAAUUAUACUGUUUAUGAUAAAGGAUAUAGACAUAUCAAUGAAUACUUAAGUGUCUUAACUUUUUACAUUUAGGUAUUUUUUUUAGGUUUCAAGCUUCAUGUGUUUAUAUAAAUUUUAAUUUAAUAUCAGAGAACCAAAAUUCCAAAAUUUGAAUUUUUUGACCUAGCCCCUAUGUGUAAAAUUGAUAGCCCUCACCAAAGAGUUUUAACUAUGAUCCUGCAGAAUCCAAUUCUUGUAAUGGUAAGAAUUGAAAAUAAAGUAGAAGCAUCCUUUGCUGAGUAA